AUGGCCAGCUCUCGCCUCGACCUUUCCAAGUGCCAGAUACAUGUGUUGCCAGCCAGCAUACGUGAUCUGGCUGCCCAUCUGAUUGAACUCCACCUUUAUUCAAACAAGUUGUCCAGUCUACCGAGUAAGUCGAGUUUUAUCCAGUCUUUUUGUCCUGGGAUACUGACUUUUGCGAGGUAGUCGCCAGAGAAGAUGGACUUUCUGCAUUUUGGUGCGAUGCAUCCUGUGUGGGCCUAUUUUAUAAGCAGUUCAUUCGCGUUUUGGCCUUGACGGUAGCAGCAGUAGUUCGUCCAUCUAACACGACGACGAGCACCACUUGCGUAGCAUCGCCCUAACUCACUUACAAGAGGAGGUUAAGACGACUUAAAAUGGGUGUGGGUGACGUGGUCGGCCAGGCGUUCCUCGCUCUGUGCAUGUUCCAAAACAGGCUGGUCCCCUCGUCAUUACCACGGUAGACCGUAUGCACAAACUCGUCGGCCUUGAUUUUUUUGCCGAUCGGCGCAGUCACUGGGCUGUGGCUCCUGCGCCCAGCACAGAUUCUCUGAGGCUAUAUAUGGAAAAUUGGUACUGGAUGGGGUUGGAGAGGAAUAAACUGCUGCGCAAGACAUUUCCUGUGACUCGGUCCUAACGGGCUGCGUUGAAUCUGUGCAAAUCGUUAACCACUAACGUAUAUACGUAAUAUGCGUUAGCCGAAGGCGGACGCCACGUCAUCCGUUGCACCAAGUCCCAUUCCCAGUCAGCUUGACUCAGACAAGCCACUGGUGCACGGAGGAGCGAAGAGUGGUCGAACGUUCGAUUCCCCACUAUAAGCAAGUAGACGUCCUCAGAAACUCAAGCUUUAACGCGGUCUUAAUAGCACGCUUGUUUAUGCGAGAUAGGAGUCGCGUGUGGCACUAACAAACGAACCCUCUAGCUUUGGCAGCACUGCGUCCACACCCACCUCCGGCGGUAUUGUUGUCGAAGGCGAUGAGCACGGAAAGAGAAAAUGAGGCUUAUGCAGCGGGCGGCGCCUGCAGCAGCAUAAGUGAACUCGCGCGCAAGUCACUGCUGCUGCUGCUGCUGCUGCUGCAUUCACCUCGUGGGGGACAGUGCGGGACUUCGCCGCUUGCGAUGGUCGAACCACCGCGGCUCAGUCCAUCAAGGUGACAACCCCUUGUUGGGCAUUCGGUGCACCUAGACGCCAGCUGCACCGGUCUGACGUCCACUAUCUUUGUCAGGCCCCGUCAACGACCAGACUGCGCUGCAGCAGACCAGGCCGCCGGACGGUCAAAGGGGUCGGCAUCAGUGAAUAGUACUUUUGGGGGGCGGGAACCAUGGUAAGCACGAGCGACGGCGAAACGGAGGCUCCGAAUACCACCAGCACUAGCUUUCACAGCAAGAUGCCACCAAGCGUAGUUGACAGGCGACUAUGCGAGUGCGAGGUAAUGCUCACCUUGGCAACACGCAGCCGUAAUAGCUGUGCAAGUUGGGUGUCUAUGCCAUCUUCGCUGAUUGACCCAUAUUCUCCUGAGGAUAGAGUAGUCACUCCCUUGAUAGAGGUGUACCUUCACGGGGCCGUGCUGGUCGUCGCGGUCACACCCCGGCAACCGUCUCAAUCAAUUUUCGAAGCCGGAUAGCGGUGACUGCCGCCGUUUUCCAGUACCUGAAGAAUUUAACUGGGCAAUUUGAUUCGGCGGUAGUAGCUAGAUCAACCGUGUUAUGCCAUAUAUAGACGGCGGUUCUAUUUUACGUCUGUCCUUGCCGCAAACCCAUAUCCAGUAGUUCACUUCCUCGGAGCGCGUUGGUGGUGAGGCCAAUGUCAUGAAAGGCUUCCUUGCCACGUAAUCUAAUUAACGUCUAAGUGACCCCAGGGUGGUGGUGGUGGUGAUGACCAUUGUCUUGUUCGUCAGACAAACUAUCCCUGAGAUUAGAGCCAUCCUCUGAUCGGAUGGCGGACAACUUUUCUUCCUACUUAAUCUCCCCCUUACCUUUGUACCUCUCCUUCUCAGAUGAAAUCGGCACUCUGGUCCAUCUGAAGACGCUGACUCUGCAGGAGAAUUCGCUCACACGCCUUCCCGAGACUCUUCAGGGUUGCACAAAACUCUCCAUGCUGGAUGUGCGUCACAACAAACUCUCCGAGAUCCCUCCCGUCAUCUACCAGCUGACUGAACUUAAUCAGCUGC